CCCGUGUUUUUGUAUGCUCUCUUACUUUGCAUAAGUGUAUCCUUUGGGAACUUCUGUGAUAAUUUUUUAAUGUGUAACUAGGCGGACCAUAGUUGCUACGCGGCAUUACGAUCGCCAUCGACGGUAUCGCGAUUAGUGCGCCCUGCUGAUAAGCGCGGACACCCGCAUCAAUAAAUGUGGCCACGAACAUUCCGUCUGUGACAGCACUUCAUUGAUCUCACAGCAGCAGUGUGUGCCGCCCGUUCGUUGUGACCCCGAGCGAUUCCUGUACAUAUUAAGGUUUUCCUUCAGUUAGCUUUGUUCGCUAGCCGGAAUGUUUCCUGCGAAGCUGCGCCUCGGAGGAAUCUGUCUGCUGGUGAUCGCCCUGCAGACACUGUGCACAGGGGCGGCACAUGGCACCGGCGCACCGGCAGACGCAGGAGCGAUCGACUUGAAAGACAUCGACAUUAACGAGCUGCUGAAGGACGAACGGUUUGCCGACCUGCUGCCACCGGAGUUUCGCAACGUGACGCUGCCCAAGCUGGAGGAUGUACAGAAAAUCAUCAAGGACAAGUGCUCGCGAGUGGCCGGCAGUGACGCGUCGUACGAGGAGGCCGAACAGGCGGCCCACAAGUUCGGCGAAUGUAUGCGUGAUCUGGUGGAUUUCAGCGAUCUGCAGGAGGAGAUCAAAAAAGCGAAACCAACGGGCGACCUAGACACGGUGUUCAACAAGUACUGCCGACGGCGCUCGGCCGCGAUCGCGUGCAUUGACACGUUUUCCUCCAAGGUAGAUGUUUGCUUGGAAAGCGACGAGAAGGAAAGUAAAGUCGUUGUGGUCAACAUAGUGCAUGGACUGCUGAACUUCGUUUGCCACAAAGAUGGUGACCAGAUUGCGUUAUUCAUCGCCGAGGAAGGUCCAGAGUGUUUUUCCGAUCAAAAAGAUGCCCUGAUGGACUGCAUCAACGGGACGCUAUCGGGUUACCUGAAAGAAGAGACCGCCCCUGCCGACACAAAGGAAGGGUUGCCCAAAUUGGUGAUGGGCAAGAAGCAGUGCAAUGAAAUGGACCAACUGCAAAGCUGCAUGGUGGAGGUACUGGAAGGCUGCAAAGAGUCAACUCCGGCGAACUUGGUCGAAUCGCUGUUCAAGUUUGUGCGACGCGAAACCCCGUGUGCCAAUAUGACCGCCACUGAGCCAGUUAGACCCAAAUUCGCGCGCGGAUCGAGCGAUCUGACGAAGGCAUCAGUCCAGAUAAUGAUUUCUACACUGCUCAUGGGCUUGGUAGCGAAAAUGUUUGUACACUAAGCUGGUGCGUUGGUGGUACGUAAACAAAGCAGAUUCCUAAUUGUGAUGCACAAUCGAUGAUACCAAUCGGAAGUUACCGGUAACGCGGAUAUAUCAGGGAAUUGUCAGGGACACUUUCUAAUCUACACGGUGGAAGUGUUUUUUUUUUACAUUAAGAUGUUAAAGAGUGAAAGAGUCUUUGGAUUAGAAUGUUAGAAUGUGAGAACGACACUUACCUGCGCAUGUCAAUGUGUGUAUGUGUUAACGGAAUAAAACCAUGCGAAUUGGAGAAUGUAACG